ACAAGGACUCGUGUGCUACAGCAAGGAACAGUCAGAAGUAAGGAAACUGCAGCUAUGGACGAAUACAUAAAGAUAGAGAAAAUUGGAGAAGGUACCUAUGGGGUAGUGUAUAAGGGGAAACACAAGACUACUGGCAGGGUGGUGGCUAUGAAGAAGAUCAGGUUGGAAAGUGAAGAGGAAGGAGUUCCCAGCACUGCUGUGAGAGAGAUCUCCUUGCUCAAGGAACUGCAGCAUCCCAACGUUGUAUGUCUUUUGGAUGUCCUGAUGCAAGAAUCCAGACUCUACCUCAUCUUUGAGUUCCUGUCAAUGGACCUAAAGAAGUACUUGGAUUCAAUUCCCUCUGGCCAGUAUAUGGAUCCUAUGCUUGUGAAGAGCUACUUGUACCAGAUUUUGGAAGGAAUACUGUUCUGCCACUGCAGAAGAGUUCUCCACAGAGACUUGAAGCCACAGAACCUGCUGAUCGACAACAAGGGGGUUAUAAAGCUGGCUGACUUCGGGCUGGCUAGAGCCUUUGGCGUCCCAGUGCGGGUUUACACUCAUGAGGUUGUGACGCUGUGGUACAGGGCACCUGAGGUACUUCUAGGAGCUUCCCGCUACUCUACCCCGGUUGACAUGUGGAGCAUUGGCACAAUUUUCGCUGAGCUGGCCACAAAGAAACCAUUGUUUCAUGGUGACUCCGAAAUAGAUCAGCUUUUUAGGAUUUUCAGAACUUUGGGCACUCCAAACAAUGAUGUUUGGCCAGAAGUGGAGUCGCUGCCGGAUUACAAGAACACGUUUCCCAAGUGGAAACCAGGCAAUCUUUCUACAAUGGUGAACAACCUGGAUAAAGAUGGCAUCGAUUUGCUGUCGAGAAUGCUAAUCUACGACCCGCCAAAGAGAAUCUCAGCAAGGCAAGCGAUGAGCCACCCCUACUUUGAUGACCUUGAUAAAUCUACCCUUCCUGCCAGCACAAUCAACAAGUUCUGAAAACUGACAGAAGAAAAAAAAACUACUUUCG